AUGUCGAGAAGGGAGACCACCUCCGGGUUGGCAGACCUUCUCGAAACGUACCGGGACGCCAGUACCCAGGACCGGGUGCUCUGGUUGUCCUGUGCGGCGGCCGGCGUGUGUGUGGCCGGCACUGCGUUCUGGUGGCUCACCCGAGAAAGCUAUUACAGCUAUGUUCCGCUCCAGUACCAAUAUAGACCAGGGACUUUCACCGGAUGGGUGUCCCGCCUCCUAGACAAACAUGCCAAGCGAAGGAGAAGCCGCCGCCCAAUCCGCGUCUACAUGGACGGGUGCUUUGACUUGAUGCAUUACGGCCACGCUAAUGCCCUGCGGCAAGCCAAGGCAUGCCUCUGGGCAAACCCUGUAGACUUUGGCAGGUCCCUGGGCGAUCAGCUGGUCCUGGGGCUGAUUCCCGACUCCGAGAUCCGGCGGUGCAAGGGUCCCCCCAUCCUGAACGAGGAGGAGCGCCGCAAGCUGGUUGAGUCGGUCAAGUGGGUGGACGAGGUGAUCACCGACGUCCCUUACGACCUCACCCCCGCCUUCCUCGAUGAGCUGAUCACCAAGCACAAGAUUGACUAUGUGAUCCAUGGCGACGACCCCUGCCUCCUGCCAGACGGAACCGACGCGUACGAGCAUGCCAAGAAGCUGGGCCGCUUCCUCAUGAUCAAGAGGACCGAGGGCGUGAGCACCACCGACAUCGUGGGCCGCAUGCUCAUCUGCUCCCGGGUGAACGCCCUCAACGAGAGCGACGAGAAGCAGGCAAGUUGUCGCAGGGGAAUGCUGCUCACCCGAGAGUUCAGCCGGGGCCGCGACAAGGGCAACUUCAGGCUGGAAGACAUCGACGAAGACUCGGCCGCCGGCUCCGCCGACUCGCCCAAGGAGCGAAACGUCACGGUGUCGCGCUUCAUGCCCACCUCCCGCCGCAUCGUGCAGUUCAGCAGCGGGCGGUCACCCCCCCCGGGGGCCAAGGUUGUCUACAUCGACGGCUCCUUUGACCUCUUUCACGUGGGCCACGUGGACAUCCUCAAGGCGGCGCGCUCCAAGGGCGACUUCCUGCUGGUGGGCAUCCACACCGACGAGGACGUGGCCGAGCGGCGGGGUCCCCACCAGCCCAUCAUGAACUUGCAUGAGCGCGCGCUGUCGGUGCUGGCCUGCAAGUACGCGGACGAGGUCAUCAUAGGCGCGCCCCAGACCGUGACCGAGGACCUGCUGACCACCUUUGGCAUCGGCGAGGUGGUGCGCGGCAGCGUGCACGAGAGCGGCGACGCGUCCAGUGAGCGUGGGAGGUAUGAGGUCCCCAUCGCGCAUGGCACCUUCCGCCGCCUGGCGUCGCCCAGCCCGGUGACCAGCGCUACCGUCAUCCGACGCAUCGUGGACAACCGCGCGCAGUACGAGGCACGGAACGCGAAGAAGGGCGCCAGCGAGGCCAGCUACUACGCGGCCAGCAAGCAGUACGUGCACGAGGUGUGA